UCAUUGUGUUUGUUGCUUAAAGCUUGCAACCCCUAGCUCCCUUAUCCUCUCUCUCUCUCUAGAGAGAGAGAAAACAACACAGCUGCCAUCUCCCAUUUGAAAGAAAUUUGAAAGAGAGAGAGAGAGAGAGAGAGUUAGACCCACAAGUGAUCAAAUUGAGGAGGGAGGGGGUCAUCUAGAUGGUGUACUUGUAGCAUAUGUGAUCAUGGAAGGAGAAAAUUGUAUGCGUCGUUCAAAUUUCCCAUUACAAUUGCUUGAAAAAAAAGAAGACGAAGACGAAGGCGAAAACCAAACACCAUGUUCCAGCUCCUCCACCUACGCUUCCCUAGCCAUUUCUGGCGCCGCCACCACCACCACAAACCCACAAAACUGGUCUCAUAAUUCAACCCAACAACACCAACACCAACACCAACACCAACAACAACUAGCUGUGGCUGACCAAGCACCCAAAAAGCCUCCACCCAAGAGGACCUCCACCAAGGAUCGCCACACCAAAGUCGACGGACGCGGCCGCCGCAUCCGCAUGCCAGCAACUUGCGCCGCCCGGGUCUUCCAGCUUACCAGAGAGCUGGGCCACAAAUCCGACGGCGAAACCAUCGAGUGGCUGCUCCAACAGGCUGAGCCAGCGGUCAUCGCCGCCACCGGAACCGGUACCAUCCCCGCUAAUUUCACAUCACUUAAUAUCUCUCUCCGGAGCUCCGGCUCUACCAUGUCUGCACCUUCUCAUUUCAGAACUAGUUAUUUCAAUCAAAGCCUCUCUUCCUUAAAACCGCCUCCGCAACGGAGCGAUUGGGAACAACAACAACAACAACAAAGGAGUGUUGAUGAGUCUCAGCACCAAAGCAGGAUUUUCUUCCCCGGAGCUGGGUUAUCGUCGGAGAAUUCGUCAACAUUGUUGAAUUUUACUACGACAUGUCUAGAUGUAUCGGGUGAAUCGAGUAUAGGGAGGAAGAGGAGGCCUCCAGAGCAAGAUCUGUCGUUGCAAAAUCAUAUGGGGAACUACAUGUUGCAGUCGAAUUCUUCGUCGAUUCCGGCGAGCCACGGGCAGAUUCCGGCAGGGGCGUUGUGGAUGAUGACCAAUCCAAGUAACCAAGUCAUGGGUGGUGGUGGUGGUGAUUCUAUAUGGACAUUGCCUAGUUCUUCUGUUGGUAUUGGUAAUGCUAAUUUGUAUAGAGGGUCUAUGGCUAGUGGGUUACAUUUUAUGAAUUUUCCUACCCCAAUGGCUCUCUUGCCAGGCCAACAUUUGGGUCCCGGGAUUGGCGGUGGCGGUAGUGGUGGUGCGGUGGCGGCGGAUGGGCAUCUGGGUAUGCUGGCGGCACUCAAUGCGUUUAGGCCGCUGGCAGAGACGGGCGGUUCUGAGUCGCAGGCAAGUGGGUCGAACCCACAUCAUGGAGGAGGAGGAAGAGGAGGAGGAGGAGGAGAUGAUCAUGGAAAUGAUACUACAACUAGUCACCACCACUCCUAGAUCAAUUACAAAGUGUAUGGAUUGAUGAUUUUGCAUUUUCUUCUUUCUUUCUCUCUAUAAUCUAUAUAUAUAUUAUAUGGGUUUGCAAGUUAGAACAUGAGGCUCUCCAGUCUGACUGCUUUGAGUUUUGAGUUUUAUAAUAUUCCAUUUUGGUGUGAGUAGUAGUAGUAGUAAUGAGGAAUUGUAGGGUUUGAGAUAUGGAACUUAUGAGGAAUUUUAGGGUUUCAGAGAAGUAUAUAUAUAAAUAAUGAUAUUGGCUAAGCUAGCACUUGCUCA